CUGGCUGCAUUGCAGGAUUAUUGCCAAAUUCUUCCUGAGGUUUUCACUUGUCAGAACAAGCAGAGGUGCAACGUCAGCAGCAUUUACAGUGAAGAGGAGACAGUCGGAUCCAGUAGUGAGUGAUAAAGUUUGGUGUGAGCGCAGAGAGAGAAAUACAAGUUUUUGGAGAAUUUGAAUUUCAAAGGAAAACAAGAAAUAGUGUAGUGAGAAAAAGAGAGGGAGAAAGAGAGACUGUGACACGCUGAGGGGUGUGUCAUAACAAUUUAGUUCCUCAAGGAAGUAAAACUCACCAUUAUCUUAAGACAGGGUGGCGAGCACUGACAGAAGCGCUGCAAGACGGCUGUUCUCUCAGGUCUUUCUGUUCUUCUCUUGGUGAAGAUGAAAGCAUUUUGGUAAACUGACCAGCCUGCGUUGCCAACGUGUUACAAAGGGCAGAGGGAGAUAAACAUCUGACACACAAGGAGGGAGGAGGAAACAGCAAACACUCAGGCAACCAUGGAUGUCUUCAGCUCCAAGGACAUGGCCUUGAAGGCCCAAAAGAAGAUCCUCAGCAGCAUGGCCAACAGAAGCUCUGUGCAAAUGUUCAUAGACGACACCACCAGUGAGAUUAUGGAUGAACUGUACCGGGUCUCCAAGGAGUACACAGGAAAUAAAGCUGUGGCUCAGAAAGUCAUCAAAAACCUGAUCAAGAUUGCAGUCAAGAUCGGCGUGUUGUACAGAAACAACCGCUUCACUGAAGAGGAACUGAAAAUAGCUCAAGACUUUAAGAAAAAGCUUCAUCAAGGGGCGAUGACGGCCAUUAGCUUCCAUGAGGUGGACUUCACCUUCGAUAAGACGGUGAUGUCGGACCUCCUGACCAGCUGCAGGGAUCUGUUGCUGAAGCUGGUCAACGCCCACCUCACGACUAAAUCUCACGAUCGCAUCAAUCACGUCUUCAACCAUUACUCAGACCCUCAGCUCCUCACCAAACUAUACGACCCCAGCGGCGCCUUCAAACCCAACCUCACCAGAAUCUGUAUAGGACUCAACAAACUGUUAGAGGACGGCACGAUAUGACACACGAGUAAACCAUCCGUUACAGACACUGGGAGAUUACCGGGGAGGUGCGCCUUAAGACUCUGGACUGUAGUCUUACUGCUGCAGAGGAACGGUGAUAAAGGACGAGAGACUUCAGAACAAAUCUGCCGCCCCAAACAGUUCUGAAGCAACAAACUGAAACAAGAACAGGUGGAUUCAUUUCUCAAUCGUUUUGCGACACGUCUGCUGUAUACGCGUGAAGUGUACUUGUACUUCCAGGAAAAAGGGUUCAUAGAAACCUAACUUGACUUUUAAAGUGCUGUCAAAUGUUUUAUGAUUUUUAUUUUUUUUUAUAACCCUUUAAAUAUAUUACUGGAGCUACUGAUGAUGGAGGCAUUAAAUCAGUCAGAUGGCCUUUAUGAACAGAAAAGAGGGAGAAUACCACUGCAAGACAACACUGCCAUCUACUGGCCACCAGGUGAUGCUUCAACAACAGUUCACUAGAGGUGCUGACAAAAAUUUAAUUAUAACAUGGACAAUUAUUUUU